CACUUUCUCACUUUCUCUACGUAAUCUAGGCCAACUUCAGCCAUCGCCCAGAAGCAACGCCCUCGAUGCCCUCAUCUUCCAUCAUGGCAUUGUUUGCAGGAUGAACUUUCUACCAUCACCGCCGCGUUUCAGAAGAGGAUCGACGACGUCAAUGAGCGAAUCCGACAGCAGAAAGAGAAACUUAACUCUUUUACGCCCAUCGCCCAGCUUCCGAACGAGAUCCUGGAAAGGAUCUUUGCCAUCCAUCGCAAAACACAUUUGUAUCAAGAAGAUUCGGCGAAUGCCAACCGGUUCACUUCAGCACCUCUGAAGGAUCGUUGGAAGGUCGGCCCUUGGAAUUGGAUAUGGGUUAUACAUGUGUGCGUGCGUUGGCGGACUGUGGGGCUAGCGCAGAAAGAGCUGUGGAGGUAUAUUUCUUCCAGACAACCGUCCGAGGCAAUAGAGGAGUCAAUCAAGCGCUCGCAACCAGCCCCACUUUGGGUCAGCACACAUCCGUUCAAGACGGCGCUUGUAGCCCAAUUUCAUCGCGUCGCGUUCCUGGAGCUCAAUAUUACCCAUAUGAACACUUCCCCAAUGGACGCCAGAUGCCGGGAUGCAUUGGCAGGCACUGCACCCCUUCUUCGCCGACUUCGUAUAUUCCAGACAUCCUACGAAUACACAGAAGCUGUGGGGAUCUUCCAAGGUGGGGCCCCGAUGCUUUCCACGCUUAUCUUGAAAGACUGCUACCUCCCAUGGACGUCACCUCUGUUUCACCCAGGGUUGACCACGCUUCAAAUCCGCCUUCCUAACAACGAUCCGCCCCACUUCGCUCCCGAGCACUUGAUCGACGCGUUGGGACGGGUUUCGUCUAGCUUAGUCGUCUUUGAGCUGGACCCGCUGCCGGAAGUACAGUUUCCAGUCAGUCGGCAGGUAGUGCUUCGGAAGCUGGAGAAGCUGACUUUGGGGUGCCAAAGGGUGGAAGCAAUCCAAUCAUUGUUCAGCCAUCUCAUCAUCCCUGAGAAGGCAGUCGUACAUUUGUCUUUCGAAUCAAGCCCACCCAUGGAUGUCCGAAUGGCACACACGAGGGGAGACGCUCCUAAACCCCAGUCCAUCCUUCCCCUACGGUUCUUCAACACCGACAUACUCCCUCCCUCCGAACUCCAAGCGUGCCCCUCGAGCCACUUGCUCGCGUACACAGCUCUACCUCCCCGAAGUCUCUGCUUGGAUUUGCGCGAGACGGCAGCCUGCACCACAUACACCUUCAACCUUUGGGAUCACCACGUCGACUUCUCCCUCAACCCCCUUCCUACCAGCUCUCUGAGGUGCACAGUGGAGGAUACAAUGGGCUACCAGCAGCGUUGGGACACUCCUCCCGUGGAAGUGUUUCCAUGCCUUUCGUCGAGGGAGAUUCGGUCGCUGUCAUUAAAUGAGUUGCCUGACAUGCCCUUGAGACGUUUCGAGAAGCUCAUGAGCACCUCAUACUCGCCGUCUCCGAGCCUGUCCGGCGUGGAGGGUCUAUACGUGGUACGGCGGCUCUCCUAUAGGGUCGUGGAAUUCCUCAUGGGUGAGGUCCCAUCCGGUCCAAAUGUCGGGCCGCCUUCUGGUCCACCAAAGAUCCUCCCGCUACUCAGGUCCCUGACGUUUGAACGGAUUGAGUUCAUCGAAGCCUCCCGACACCGGCGUCCCACUAUCAACCAGAUUGCGAACGGCAAACCCGUUGUGUUCGAGGACCUACUCCAAGUCCUCGAGUUCAGGGCCAAGUCUGGGACGAUGAUCGAAACUCUUCGGUUGAUGGAGUGUUAUAAUCUGUCGGUUAUUCAAGCGGAGAAAUUGGCGCAGUUUGUGGGAGAGAUGGCUUGGAAUGGAGAGACGUUCAGUCGAGGCAGUACCCCUAAGUGGUAG